AGUAUGAAUUCACUGUUACCUAUGAUCUGAAGAUUAAUUGUCCCCAACAUUCUCUUUCAGGUUCAUCAAUAACACAGCUGCUUGCCCGUGACCCUGAUGGAAAUGCUCUGGUGUUUGGAAUUGUAGGUGAUGAAGCCCAAAAGUUUUUUGCUGUACAAAGUGAGACUGGUGUAGUCUGGCUGAGACAACCAUUGGAUCGAGAGUCUAAAUCAGAAUUCACAGUUGAAUUUUCCGUCAGUGAUUCCGAGGGGGUCACAAAAAUGAAAGCGAACAUACAAGUUGGUGAUGUCAAUGACAAUGCCCCCACCUUCCAUGGACAGCCAUACACAGUGCGCAUUGCUGAGAAUACACCGGUGGGAACUCCAAUUUACAUUGUUAAUGCAACAGACCCUGAUCAGGGAACAGGGGGAAGUGUGCUGUACUCCAUCCAGCCUUCUUCUAAUUUCUUUGCCAUAGACAAGACCCGGGGCAUUGUGACUGUGAUGAAGGAACUGGAUUUUGAGAUCACUCAAGCUUAUCAACUUCAGGUCAAUGCAACGGAUCAAGACAAAACAAAACCCCUUUCAACAUUGGCCAAUCUGGCCAUCACAAUCACAGAUAUUCAGGAUAUGGACCCAAUCUUCAUAAACUUGCCUUAUAGCACUAACAUCUAUGAAAACUCGCCUCCGGGAACAACGGUACGGAUGUUGACAGCUAUUGAUCAAGACAAAGGUCGUCCUAGAACAAUUGUCUACACCAUAGUUUCUGGUAACACCAACAGCAUAUUCGCCUUGGAUUACUUCAGUGGUGCCUUAACACUCUUUGGACAACUAGACCGAGAGAAUCCCCUGUACAUGUCCGGAUUUAUUCUUACAGUGAAGGCAACGGAACAGCUGGAUGAUCGAACCCUUUCUGAUGCUACAGUGACAACAACAUUCAACAUUCUAGUGAUUGACAUCAAUGACAAUGCCCCACAAUUUAAUAGCUCUGAAUACUCUGUCAGCAUUCCAGAACUGGCCCAGCUGGGUUUUGCAUUGCCUAUGUAUAUUGAAGUUCAGGAUAAAGAUGAGGGUAUGAACAGUGCCUUUGACGUUUACCUGGUGGGAAACAACUCCAACCAUUUCAUCAUUUCUCCAACUUCUGUCCAAGGAAAGGCAGAUAUCCGUGUGCGAGUUGCUGUGCCGCUGGACUACGAGACAAUUCCACGUUAUCAGUUCUCUCUGUUUGCAAACGAAAGUGUUUCAGACCAUGUGGGAUUUUCAAAAGUGAAGAUUAACCUGAUCAAUGAGAAUGACAACCGCCCGAUCUUCAGUCAGCCUCUAUACAACAUAACUCUGUAUGAGAAUGUCACCGUCGGGACCACUAUUCUAAAAGUUAUUGUGAGUAAAACAUUUUUGUCCUACAAAUGA